AACACAUCCCAUCCCCCCCCCCCAACCCCGGUCGUCUCGGCGUCGACGGGAAAACGGAGAAGAGUCGGGGGGACGCCCCCCCCCUUGUGGAGCCUCGAUUGGGUCUUUGGGGGGGUUAUUUGGGGGGGCUUUUUCAAAGCGGCCGGCGGAGGAGCUUGGAUGCCGCGAUCGGCGGCCCCCGGACCCCCGCCCCAAUAAAACCCGAAGAAGACCGAGAGGAAGGAAGAGGAAAGGCCGGUGGGGGGGCGGGGGGAAAUCGAGGCAGAGAGCCAUCAUGUCGGGGAGGCCCAGAACCACCUCCUUCGCAGAGAGCUGCAAACCGGUGCAGCAGCCUUCGGCUUUCGGCAGCAUGAAAGUUAGCAGAGACAAGGACGGCAGCAAAGUGACCACGGUGGUAGCCACCCCCGGGCAGGGGCCGGACAGGCCCCAGGAAGUCAGCUACACGGACACCAAGGUCAUCGGCAACGGGUCCUUCGGCGUGGUCUACCAGGCCAAACUCUGCGACUCGGGCGAGCUGGUGGCCAUCAAGAAAGUGCUUCAGGACAAGAGAUUUAAGAACCGAGAGCUGCAGAUCAUGCGGAAACUAGACCACUGUAACAUCGUCCGGUUGCGCUAUUUCUUCUACUCGAGCGGAGAGAAGAAGGACGAGGUGUAUCUGAACCUGGUGCUGGACUACGUUCCCGAAACGGUGUACAGGGUCGCCAGGCACUACAGUCGGGCCAAGCAGACACUCCCCGUCAUCUACGUCAAGUUGUACAUGUAUCAGCUGUUUCGAAGUUUAGCCUAUAUCCAUUCCUUUGGAAUCUGCCAUCGGGAUAUUAAACCACAGAACCUCUUGCUGGACCCGGAUACGGCCGUCCUAAAGCUCUGUGACUUCGGAAGCGCAAAGCAGCUGGUCCGAGGAGAACCCAACGUCUCGUAUAUCUGCUCUCGGUACUACAGGGCCCCAGAGUUGAUCUUUGGAGCCACCGACUACACCUCUAGCAUAGAUGUCUGGUCAGCGGGCUGUGUAUUGGCGGAGCUGUUGCUAGGACAACCGAUCUUUCCAGGGGACAGCGGUGUGGAUCAGUUGGUGGAAAUAAUCAAGGUCCUGGGCACGCCAACAAGGGAACAAAUUAGAGAGAUGAAUCCAAACUACACUGAAUUCAAAUUCCCUCAGAUCAAGGCCCAUCCGUGGACUAAGGACUCGUCGGGAGUGGGACAGUUCACCUCAGGAGUGCGGGUGUUCCGACCGCGCACGCCCCCGGAGGCCAUCGCGCUGUGCAGCCGGCUGCUGGAAUACACGCCCACCGCCCGCCUCACCCCCCUGGAAGCUUGCGCGCAUUCGUUCUUCGACGAACUACGGGACCCAAACAUCAAACUACCAAACGGGCGAGACACCCCCGCCCUCUUCAACUUCACCACUCAAGAACUGUCAAGUAACCCUCCUCUGGCCACCAUCCUCAUCCCUCCUCACGCUCGGAUCCAAGCUGCCGCCUCCACCCCCACCAAUGCUACGGCAGCCUCAGACGCCAACGUCGGGGAGCGCGGACAGACCAAUAACGCAGCCUCGGCGUCGGCCUCCAACUCCACCUGAGCCGCCGGCCCCCGCCCCGCCUCGCUCGGCGACACUGGCCACGUUUGGAAAGAAAAUUAAAAAGAGGAAAAAAAAAAACCUGUUCAUUUUAGUGUUCAAUUUUUUAUUAUUAUUGUUGUUCUUAUUUAACCUUGUAAAAUAUCUAUAAAUACGAA